AUGGGACAAGCAGAGAGUAAUGUAACUUCUGGUGUGAAGAAGCAAGCUGGAGUUUCCACUCAAAAGCUCUAUAAGCUUGUGAACUUAAAAGGAGGUGGUCUGCUUGUAGACAUGAUGAAAAGGGCAAUAAACAAUAAGCAAUUUGCAGAAAUAGAUCACGCAAUUAAAACUAAGGCAAGUCGAGGGAGAUACAUUCCUAUAGCCAAUUUAGUUAAGUUGAGAAAUUGUGAUCGUCCCAAACAUAAGCAAUUACCAGAAAUUCGAAUUUUGGAAAAUCCCGAAGAGGAUUUUGAUAUCGAAAUAGAUUGUCCAGACGUCAGUGAAGCUGAUUAUCUGAUAAAUCCGUCUGCUUACAGGGAAGUUGUUUGGGAUAUCAAGGAGCGUGGAGCUGUUGGUGAAACUAUUCUUCAUUUAUGUUUACUAAAUGCGACAUCACUUCAUGCUGACUUAGCGAAAAGGUUACUUCGAUUUUAUCCAAAAUUAAUAAAUGACAUCUACAUGGGUGAUGAAUAUUACGGUGAAAAUGUUUUGCACAUUGCUAUUGUUAAUGAAGAUCCUGCGAUGGUGAAAUUUCUUCUUGACAGUGGAUCAAAUAUACAUGAGAGAUGUUGUGGUACAUUCAUGUCACCAGAGGAUCAAAAAGGAACACGCUAUGAUAUCAUUGAACAAGAACCAGUUUGUGUCAAUCCGAUUACCAACUAUGAGGGUUACGUUUAUUGGGGAGAAUAUCCUUUAAGUUUUGCUGCAUGCCUUGGUCAAGAAGAAUGUUAUCGUUUGGUAUUAGCGAAACACGCAGAUCCAGAUUACCAAGAUAUUAAUGGAAAUACCGUUCUUCACAUGCUUGUCAUACAUGAAAAAUUGACAACCUUUGACAUGGCAUACGAAACUGGCGCUAGUCUCAGAAUCAAGAAUGCUUUGAACCUUACACCUUUGACUUUAGCAGCAAAACUUGCUCGUGUCGAAAUGUUUUUUCACAUCAUCAACAUUGAGCGUGAAAUCUAUUGGCAAUUGGGAUCAAUAACAUGUGCUGCUUAUCCCCUUGAACAACUUGACACGAUUGAUACUAAAACUGGCAAUAUUAGCAAGGAUUCAACUUUAAACUUAGUCGUGUUCGGGGAUAAAGACGAACAUUUAGACCUUCUAGAAGGCGUGUUAAUUGAUCUCCUCAAAGUGAAAUGGGAAACUUUCGUUAAAGCGAAAUUCUAUCGUCAAUUUUAUUUGUUUGCAAUUUAUUUUUUCAUUUCCUUGUUUGCAUUUGGAUUACGACCAAAAGCAAUAGGAGAAGGUUAUGAUGAAGACAAUGACAAAAGUAGAAACAUAACACGUGAAAUAAGCAUGAAUGACACCUCAAAUUCACCUCCUAAAUCUUUAUAUUUUCACAAUUUAACGGAAUUUCUUUGCAAUUAUUCUGCUUAUCAAGAAGUGAUCAUGCAAACGGAAAUAAGCAUAACAAACACAUCGGAGCUUUAUGACAAUUCUACGCUGCCAAUUGAUGAUUCAAAUGAUUGGACAUCGUUCUCUGAAUGUCCAUUAAUGGAUAUUAGCACAUGGGAAAAUCGGAUAAAACUUGGUGCUGAAGGUUUAUUAACAAUUGGUGCUUUAUACUACAUUCUUACAGCCUUGCGUGAAGCUCGCUUCCUUGGUGCGAAAAUGUUUUUUGAAAAUUUGAGCACUGCACCAUCCCGUGUAAUGUUUUUAUUUUCUUGUUGGCUGAUGCUGACUGUGCCAUUUUUAAAAUUUUUCUGCCUUCCCAAGCUCGAGGAUCAUGUUGCAGUUGCCAUUAUGUUGACAACUUCGCCAUACUUUCUCUUCUUUUGUCGGUUUGUUAUAAAAUUUUCAUUUCAAUACAAUGCAUGA